GUAUUGGAAUCCAAUGAUUUGUUUAAAAAGAUACCAUAAACAUUUAUUAAAAUUUACUUUUUUUUCUGAACUUCUCUAAGGUAUUAACAUGAGCCGUGAACCAGAUUCCACCGAGGAGCAGCAAAAUGCAGGUGGACAUCUACAAAAUGGUAGUGAGAGAGAAUCCCUAGAUUUCAGCAGACAGAUUAAAACAGAAGAUUUUACUGAGACAUUGCAGUCUGGAAUACCCCAUAGACCAUGCCAUCUCUCUCAAGGGUCCAUAAUGGGUGGAGGGCAAAUGCCUGGGGAUAUGACAUCUUUACAUUCCCUCCAGCAACUUGUAUUGGUCCCCAGUCACUUACAGCCAUCUUCCCAGUUUCUGCUUACACAGUCACAGCCUGUCCAGCAAGGUCUUCUGCAAGCAAAUCUCCUUGCUCUUCCUCAUCAGCAGGGUGGAUCCCAAGCCGGAAUGGGAUUGGCUUCCCAGGCUGUGGGACGUCCAGGUCUCCCAGGAUCUUCAAUGGACCCUCAUUUGGAUAUAGCAGAACACCUACAUGCUCCAAAACACUUACCUGUGGCACCAGAUGAGCCCAGUGACUUAGAAGAACUGGAAAAGUUUGCUAAAACCUUUAAGCAGAGAAGGAUAAAGCUCGGAUUUACACAGGGUGAUGUUGGAUUGGCCAUGGGUAAACACUAUGGAAAUGAUUUCAGCCAAACAACAAUAUCACGAUUUGAAGCACUUAAUCUGAGCUUCAAAAACAUGUGCAAGCUCAAACCCCUACUGGAGAAGUGGCUGAGUGAUGCAGAGUCUGCUCCAUCAGAUUCUGCCAUAACUCCCAAUACUACUUAUCCACAAUUAAGUGAAAUGUUUGGUCGUAAAAGGAAGAAAAGAACAAGCAUUGAAACAAAUAUCCGUAUGACUUUGGAGAAACGCUUUCAGGAUAACCCAAAGCCAAGCUCUGAGGAGAUUAGCAUGAUUUCCGAGCAACUUGGUAUGGAAAAAGAGGUGGUACGGGUUUGGUUUUGUAAUAGACGGCAGAAGGAGAAACGAAUUAACUGUCCGAUCAAUAUGCCACUGAAGUCUCCGAUCUAUAACCCAAGAAUGGUAUCUACGUCUAGUUCUCUGGGGUCUCUGGGUAUUACUCCAAUGCACAGCACAAUAACCAGCACAGUAACGUCAUCUUGUUCCCCUGGGAGCUCCAGUAGACCAUCCUCGCCAAGCUCAGGUCUCCACUCCAGCAGUCCUGGAAUUUCUCUAAAUAAUUCCAAACCCAAUGUCAAUACCUCCAGCUACAGUUCUCCUGGACCAUGGUAUCGAUGGAAUCAACCAACAUAUCUUCACUGAUUCAUCUCAACUGUGGGGGAAACUUCAAUCAGACACUGAAUGUAGAAUCACUGCCACAAGUAGACUCCAUGCACAAUAUGGACUUCAAGCUACUGAUGAAAAACUAUUCAUUCCAAAGACUCUGUACCGCUGAUGGUCAUGUAGAAUCAGCAUCCAUCUGAAGCUUCAUUUUUGUGUACCACUAUGACAAGUUAGCAUCACCACAAAAUGCAAGCAAAGUUAUACACUUUGUCUUCAUCCUGACAUGGCAUCGACCAUUUUCACUGUUAAAUGGGGACUAAAUUAUUUAAUCUUGUAAAUAUUCUUAUUUUUAAAUGAUGUGUGAGUUGUACUUUACUAUAUAAUUCAGAAGAAAAAAAAAGUUUUCCGAAUGAUAUGUUUAAGUUCUGAUAACUAAUAUUGUUACAAAUGCUGCAUUUGAUGGUGUGGAGAUAGCCAA